UCUGCAUUGUGGAACAGCCUUCUGCUCAUUGUGUAACGGUGUUCCCCCCCCUUGCAACAAAUGCUUCAUUAGGAGGCAGCAUCUGCGUGCUGCGUGUGGGAUGAAGGUGUGCUUGACGCUUUGUACUGAGUAAGCAGGCUUCGAUAGGAGCUAAUGUAUUUGCAGCCCUAUUUUGGGUUUUAUCAGCAACGAUGAAGCAAGACCUGAUACUUGAUUCAGAGUCCUCCUCCUCUUGCUUGAAGACAUUCCUCACCAGCGUCACAGGGAGCUCUGGGAACUCUUCCCUUCCUCCGAACUGUGGGCAUGGGUGGCAAACAGUCCACAGUUGGCGAAGUCUCCAUAACUCAGACACCCGUGACAGAAAGCAUUCAGGCUGCUUACAAAGCUGGAGACGCCGCUAAAGCCCAAGAGUUGAUUAAGUUGUCGUGUGAGGAGACUGCACUGCAGGUGGAAAAGUGUCAGCUUUUAGGUAUUGCAGCAGCAUACGGAGAUCUACAGGCAGUGAGGUAUUUACUGAAGGAAGCACUAGUGGUGUUACCAACUGAACCUAAUGAUGACAACGCAGCUGUGGUGGCCACCUAUUUUGGACAUAAGGAUGUUGUGAAAGAACUGCUGGAUUCCCUGCGUGGUCCUAAUACUUGCCAACAGCUCCUGAACUGGAUGCUGGCCAUCGCCUGCCAGCAGGGACAUUUGGACAUAGUGAAACUCCUGAUUCGUGCAUACAGUGCUGACCCCGAGAGCUGUGCAGUCAGGAGGAAUGAGUUUCCAGUUCUUAUACGGUUGCCUCUGUAUGCUGCUAUAAAGGCAGGGAAUGAAGAUGUGGCUGUGUUCUUACUGCGGAAUGGGGCUUUCUUUUGUUCCUACAUCCUGAUGGACAGCCCUGAAUCCAGCAAGCACCUUCUGAGGAAGUACUUCAUCGAGACCAGCCCGCUACCAGGUAGUGCUCCAGCAAAAACAGCUUUGUGCGUGAACUGGUCAAACCUCAAACUGCCCUGGGUGGAUCUGGACUGGCUGAUUGAUAUCUCCUGUCAGAUAACAGAGCUUGAUCUGUCUGCCAACUGCCUCGUCUCCCUUCCAUCCGUGGUCCCAUGGGGCCUGAUGAACCUGAGGAAGCUCAGCCUGGCUGACAAUCAGCUGGCAGAGUUACCCAGCGUGCAGUCAUCCGAUGAGAUUAUAUGUACAAGGUUACUUGAGGUCGAUGUAUCCAGCAACAAACUUUCUACUCUCCCUUCUGGAUUCCUACAUCUUAAAAACCUUAAAAAACUCAACGCUGCCAAAAACUAUAUGGAGAAGUUAUUUGACGAGGAAAACACAACUAAUUGGAUUGGCUUAAGGAAGCUGCAGGAGUUUGACAUCUCUGACAACAGGUUGGUGGAACUUCCAACGGUUUUUCUAUACUGCUUCAAGUCCCUAAACAUACUGAAUGUUUCCCGAAAUCAGCUGAAAGUGUUUCCAGAUCCCUGGGCCUGUCCCUUGAAAUGUUGCAAAGCAUCCAGAAACUUGCUGGAAUCCCUACCUGACACAUUCACUGUUUUCUGGAAAAAUCACCUCAGAGAAGUGGAUUUUUCUGAGAAUUCACUAAAAGAAGUUCCACCAGGGCUCUUUCAGCUCGAAGCUUUGGUGUCCCUGAAGUUGCUGGGAAAUCACUUAACUACGUUACCUUCGCAAGAUAAGUGGAAUUGCAAGCAGCUUAAAUCACUGGAUCUUUCAAAAAACCAGCUUGGGAAGAAUGACGAGGGAUAUAAAACAAAGCGGAUUCCCUUUUUCACAACGAGGAGCAGGGUGCGUGGAGGCCCAGAGGCAGGUCCUUUUGUGGAGUUCCCAGCGUUCCUGAGCGAUUCUCUGGAAGUCCUUUAUCUGAAUGACAAUCAGCUGGAGUCCGUCCCACAGUCCGUUUGCCUUCUGAAAGGUUUAACAGAACUUUAUUUGGGAAAUAACCCUGGUAUCCGAGAGCUUCCUCCAGAACUUGGACAGCUGGCUAAUCUCUGGCAGCUGGAUAUCGAAGAACUGAGUAUCAGCAAUGUUCCUGCAGAGAUCAGAAAGGAGGGCCCCAAAACAGUGCUGGCAUACCUACGAGCACAGCUGCGCAAAGCAGAGAAGUGUAAGCUGAUGAAGAUGAUCGUCAUUGGUCCUCCGCGACAGGGAAAGUCAACUCUGAUAGAGAUCCUCCAGACAGGAAAAGUCCCUCAGAUGAUGCACAGUGAUGCCACCAUACGUACAACAAAGUGGGAGCUACCCAAGCCAGUGGGACACAAGGCAAAGGUUGAUUCAGUGGAGUUCAAUGUCUGGGAUAUCGGAGGCCCAGCAAGCAUGUCUACAGUCAAUCAGUGUUUCUUCACAGACAAAGCAUUGUACAUAGUUGUAUGGAACUUGGCACUGGGGGAAGAAGCGGUGGCAAACUUACAGUUCUGGUUGCUGAACAUUGAGGCUAAAGCUCCAAAUUCAGCAGUGUUAGUGGUAGGAACACACCUUGAUUUAAUUGAAACCAAAUUCCGCGUUGAGAGGAUAGCAACGCUGAGGGCUUACGUCCUGGCUCUCUGUCGCUCUCCCUCUGGAUCCAGAGCAACUGGUUUCCCAGAUAUCACAUUCAAGCACCUGCACGAGCUCUCAUGUAAGACUUUGGAAGGCCUCGAUGGACUCCGACAGCUGAUUUUCCAUGUCACUUGCAACAUGAAGGAUGUUGGCAGCUCAAUUUGCUCACAGAAACUAGCUGGGAGAUUGAUUCCAAGGAGUUACCUUAGUCUUCAAGAAGCCGUCCUUGCAGAACAGCAUAAAAGAAGUCAGAAUGAUGAUGUGCAGUAUUUAACAGACAGACAGAUAGAGCUGAUCAUUGAGCAAACCCCUGGAAAUGAUAUCAAAGAUUAUGAGGACUUGCAGACUGCGAUUAAUUUCCUCAUAGAAACAGGUACACUACUACAUUUCCCAGACACAAGCCAUGGCCUGAGAAAUCUCUACUUCCUUGACCCCGUCUGGCUCUCUGAAUGUCUGCAGAGGAUUUUCAACAUCAAGAGCUCCAAGUCUGUAGCUAAAAAUGGAGUCAUCAGAGCAGAGGAUCUCAGGAUGCUGCUAGUUGGGACGGGCUUCACUGAACAAACUGAAGAGCAGUACUUCCAGUUCUUGGCCAAGUUUGAAAUUGCCCUGCCAGUAGCCAAUAACAGCUACCUCCUCCCUCAUCUGCUUCCUACCAAGCCUGCGUUAGAUAUCCAUGGGUUCUGCCAUCAGACCACAAAUACCAUCCAGAGGGUCUUCAAGAUGAGUUUUGUCCCAGUUGGCUUCUGGCAAAGAUUCAUUGCACGAAUGUUAAUUAGCCUGGCAGAGAUGGACCUGCAGCUGUUUGAAAACAAGAAGAACACCAAGACAAGAAACAAAAAGGUGACCAUCUACAGCUUCACAGGCACCCAAAGAAACCGCUGCAGCACGUUCCGAGUCAAAAGGACUCACACUGUUUACUGGCAGGAAGGUCUGUUCGUUACCUUUGAUGGAGGCUAUCUUAGUGUUGAGUCUUCUGAUGUCAACUGGAAAAAGAAAAAAAGUGGGGGAAUUAAAAUCAUUUGCCAGUCAGAAGCAAGAGACUUUUCAGCCAUGGCGUUCAUCACAGAUCAUGUCAACUCUUUGAUAGACCAGUGGUUUCCUGCACUCACAGCCACUGAGAGUGACGGUACGUUGCUGAUGGAGCAGUACGUACCCUGCCACAUCUGUGCUGCUUCCAGGCUGGAGGACGAGUGUGGUGAAAGGGCAGAGGAUGCACAGUACUUCAACAUGGAGGACUGUGUCCUGACUGCCAUUGAACUGGACUACAUCACAUGCCCUAACCACCCCAACAUCCCUGUUUCUCUCCAAGAGCUGGUCCCAGAGCUCUUCAUGACAGAUUUUCCUGCCAGAUUGUUCUUGGAAAACAGCAAACUAGAAUGGAGUGAAAAUGAAAACAACGUUCUUGGCCAGGGUGGAAGUGGGACUGUUAUAUAUCGGGCACGAUACCAAGGAAAACCAGUGGCUGUGAAGAGAUUUCAAAUCAAAAAAUGCAGUGGUUCUCCCACUUCAGCUGCAGAUACCAUGCUGAAACACCUGAGAGCCAUGGAUGCCAUGAAGAAUUUCUCUGAGUUCCGCCAGGAGGCCAGCAUGCUCCACUCGCUGCAGCACCCCUGCAUUGUCUCCCUCAUUGGCAUCAGCAUCCAUCCACUCUGCUUUGCGCUGGAGCUGGCCCCUCUGGGCAGCCUCACCACUGUCUUAUCUGAAAACUCCAAAGGGUCUUCCUUUGUGCCGCUGGGACACAUGCUGACACACAAAAUAGCAUAUCAGAUUGUCACUGGCCUUGCAUACCUGCAUAAGAAGAACAUCAUCUUCUGUGAUCUGAAGUCAGACAAUAUCUUGGUGUGGUCCUUGGAUGUCAAGGAGCACAUCAAUAUCAAGCUGUCUGACUAUGGGAUCUCUCGGCAGUCGUUCCAUGAAGGAGCACUUGGGGUGGAAGGCACACCAGGCUAUCAAGCCCCCGAGAUCAGGCCUCGCAUAGUCUAUGAUGAGAAGGUUGACAUGUUCUCCUAUGGAAUGGUGCUGUAUGAGUUGCUGUCCGGUCAGCGGCCUGUGCUAGGACAGCACCAACUGCAGAUAGCAAAGAAGCUGUCAAAAGGGAUCCGUCCUGUUCUUGGUCAGCCAGAGGAGGUGCAGCUGUAUAGGAUGCAGGCACUCAUGAUGGAGUGCUGGGACACUAAGCCAGAAAAGCGUCCGCUGGCCACUUCUGUGGUAGGACAGAUGAAAGAUCCCACCUUUGCAACAUUCAUGUACCUGCUGCCCUGUGGGAAGCAGUCUUCUUUCUUCUGCUCCCAAGGACAGGAAUACACUGUGGUUUUCUGGGAUGGGAAGGAAGACACCAGAAACUACACUGUGGUGAAUCCAGAAAAAGGAGUCAUAGAAGUGGAGAGGAUGAGCUGCCCCGGAAUGAAGCUGUGCUGCCAACUGAAAUUUCAGAAUGCCCUCUGGGCUGCCACGGAGGAUCAGAAGAUUUCAGUGUACAGGCUGCAGGGUAUGUGUCCUCUGAAAGCCCCACAGAAGGGUUUGGACUCUCCUGCUGCUGUCAGCUGCUUCCUGGUGAUUCCUGUUGUCAAAAAGAACUCGUACGUGGUGCUGGCCGGUCUGUCGGAUGGACUCGUAGCAGUGUUCUCAGUGGCCCAGGGCAUCCCAGCAGACAGCUGCUCCUACCUGUGCUCCCACACAGCCAACAGGUCCAAAUUCAACAUUCCCGAUGAUGACCCGCGGCAGAACCCAUACCCAGUGAGGGCCAUGGAGAUCACCAACAGCGGCACGGAGGUGUGGUACAGCAACGGCCCCGGCGUCCUCGUCAUCGACUGCGCCGUGAUGGAGAUCAGCAGGAGGCUGGAGCCCUUCAGCCCGCCCUCUGCCAUCUCAUCCAUUGCCUGCAACUCGGAGUGCCAUGGGGAGGAGGUGGUGUGGUGCCUGGACGAGAAGAGUAACUUCUUGGUGAUGUACCACGCCGCCACCUACCAGCUCUGUGCACGCUACUUCUGCGGGGACUGCAGCCCUCUCAGAGACAUGUUUGCCAUCCAGCAGCCUGCCACAGCCAUCCCUGCUACUGCUCCUAUCAACCCCAGAGCGCUGGAGGAGAACUCACUGGUGGACAUGAGCAUCAUCUACAGCCCCGAGGUUGGCACCCAGAUCCUCAACCACCAGGACUCGCUCACGGAUUAUUGCUCCGUGUCCUCCUACUCCUCCUCACCUCCCAACAGGUUAACCCGCUGCCCCUCCAGCCUGCCCAGCUCACCCACCAGCUCUUCCAGUGCUCCACUCUCCACAGAUUUCGAGGAGUCGGGCAAAUUUCAUGAACUGAAGCCUUCUCUGGAUCACGAUGCUGUGCCUAUGGGUGACAACUCGCAGCAUCUCCAAGCCAUCAAGAUUCUGCCUGUGAAAGACCUCAUAUGGAUCCCCAGGAGAGGAGGGGAUAUCAUCGUGAUUGGACUGGAGAAGGAAUCGGGCAUGCAGCGGGGCCGAGUGAUCGCCGUGCUGAAGGCCGGGGAGCUGGCUCCCUAUGGGACGCUGGUGGAUGCUGCUCUGGUAGCAAAGGAUACGGUUGUGUGCUGCUUUCAGAAUGAAAACACCGAGUGGUGCCUGGCUGUCUGGAGGGGCUGGAGUGCCAGAGACUUUGACGUUUUCUACCAGGCCUACGAAGAGCUGGGACGGCUUGAAACUUGCAUGAGGAAGAGGAGGUAGUGCUCGUGGCACUGGAAAACGAGGGCUGAUGGAAGAGGGAAGCAUCCUGCCCUGAGCAUGCAGCCCCACACAGGGAGGGGAUGGGGUGCCCAGGGAACCACUGUUUUGCUGCUAAAGAGCUCCAUGGGGUUUUGGCAGCAGAACCCAGCAGGGCUUUGGGGACAGCCCAGCAGGGGCAGGAUAUGGGUGCUCAGCACUCUCCCUGCAGCUGAGAGCAGGAGGUGGCUGCAGCUCAGGGAGUGAGCGAGCUAUUGAAUUGCACUCCUGCAAAGUCAGUUGUAAAAUAGAGCUGAUACAAAGCAAAGCCACUUGGGCUGACAGCUACUUCCUGAUGGGAGAGAAGGGAGAGCUCUGUGACCAGGGAAGCCCAUAAGCUGCCUUUGUUCUGCUCCUCUUUCUCUCGGUAACUACACUCUGGAGUAGCAGGAGCACAAUAAGCUUCAUUUGCCUGUGUAUCUGCUCAGCUUCCGCCGCUGCAGCUUUUAGUUUGUCUUCAUUAGUGGCCCAGGAUGCUUUAUUGGCUCUGAGUUGCACUUCCUAAUUCCGAGCAUGUACAGCGUUGUAAAAGGAGCCUGGCUCCGUGCCCUGUGUAAAGGUGUACAGUUUGGACAUUUUUUGUUUUUCUAUUCCAAGAAACUUGUGUGAGCAUGGGCUGCGUGGGCCGAGGUCUGGUUCACAUCCCUUUUGCAGGCUGCUACAACACACUUUGUCUCUAAAGAGGGGUAUCUUCAAAUAAACAGAUUCCUCCCCACCUUGGUACCAUGACACAGGCAUUUGUGGUGGGCAAUCUGCUGCAGGGGUUUGGGUUUGCAGCACAUGAUUAUGAUGCCUGGCACCUGGUGGUGACUUCUAGUUUCAUUUGGUUGUGUGUAUUCUUUGCAAAACCACUACCUGGAAGAGCCACAGUGGCUCCGCAUUGCCCUGAGCACCCUGGGCACAGCUUCAUGUUCUGCACCCCAGGCUGGCCUUUGCUCCGCAGCUCCAGCCCCAAACUCAGCAUCACCUCAGUGGGCACAAAGCUGCCUUUGUCCUGCUGUUACUGAACGUGAGCACGGCCGCCUGCCCCAGACACAUCGUAAAGUGGCUGCUCUGGAAGUGCUGCUGCCUGGAAAAAGGGAGCUGAGGGGCUGGAGCUGCUGGGAGAGCUGAUGUUCCUGGGAGCGAGCGUGUCCCAGUGGGCGGCAGUGGGCUGGGAGUGUGGGAUUAAAGCCUGAAAUCUGCUUCCCAGCAGUCUUGUUCCCAUAACCCUGGUGUCUGGCUGCUGCUGGAGCUUGGUGUGGACACUUGACUUUCCCGUGGGCGACUCUGCAGUUUUGGGACUUAAAAGUGCAUUUUCAGCUAAAGGUAGCACUGGGGCUCUUCUCAGCCUUUUUUUAAAGAGGAGACCCUAAAACAGGAGACAGCAGCACCCAGCUGGGCUGUGUGCUGGUCACAGGGCUGCAGCACCUGCACUGCAGAACAGAACCAAAGGAAACCACGAUGGAGCAUCGCUGAGUGAAUGGGAUUGGAAGAUGCUGCCACCCGUGUCCAUGGAGCAAAGGGUCUGUUAGGGGGUGUCUCAACUGGGAUGAGGAAGGGAAUGGGGAUGAGAUGAGGAUGGUAGCAGGAAGGGAGUGAUGAUGGACUGGUGAUGGGGAUAGGCAUGAGGGAUGGAGAAGUGAAUCGGGAUGGAAUGGAGAUGGAAAUGGGAAGGGGAAGAGGAUGGAAAAGGGAAUGGAAAUAGGAUGGAGAUGAGGAAGCGGAUGAGGGAUAGGGUUGGGGAAGGGACCCAGUGGCUGCUGCCCUCCUGUGCAGCCCUGCAGAGCUGCCUGGGACCCACGUUGUGCUGCUGAGACGCCCCAAAUGCCACCUGCAGAGCCAAGGCCACGGCAGCUACCAGCCAUUAUCUCCUGUUUGCCUUGGGUGUUUGCUUUAUCGGGGCAUCACUCAGAUUACUUAAACUGUGCCCUUUGUAGGAGCCUUCUUGAAAUGUCAACAAAGGACAGAGGCGUGGCUUUGAUUUUUCCUUUUGUCUUUGUUCUCCAAGGAGACAGAGAAGCAGAGCAGGGCCUGGCGAAGCUCCCUGCACUGGGACCCCUGCUUGCUGGAAACUGGAGCUGAUUCAGGGCAAUUAAAGCCGAGGGUUUUAUUGAAUUAAAGUGUGAAGGCAAAUGCAGCCAGCCUGCUAGCUUUUUUUUGAAGCUAAUUCCAUUUUAUUUUUUCACCCUGCUCAUAGCCAUGCCUCACGGCGGGGGCUCGCUGGGCCUCGGCCCAUCUGCCCAUGGCAAAGUGCUGUGAGACGUUUCCAAACAGCUCUCAUGGGCAAAUGCUCGUGACUUCUGCACUGAUUUACAACUCGAUGUUAGUAAAUCUCUCCCUGCAUCAAACACAUGCGGUAAGUUAGGAGCAAAGCAUUCCAGCAGUGGUUUCCAUGGAAGGUUGGGUUAGCACCUGAGAGCUGAUGAUGUCCACCUGCUCAGCCUCCCUCACUCUGGCAGCAAAAUUACUUUUUUUUUUUUUUUAGUUAUAAAAUGUUUUUUAUAAGGUUAGAAUUUAUCAUAGAUGGCUGUAAUUGAAAAUUUAUCUUUUAAAUGAUUACUUUGAAUCUGUGAGUCCACAAACAAUGCGGUCAAUUAAGACGUGAGGCCUCAAGAGCUGACUCCAGCCUGGUGUAAACUUCACUUUUAGUGCUCCUCUGGCCAAUUUGGGAACCAAAGCUGAACUGCAGCAACCAAACAAAACCCCAGCACCAGAUGGGGGCUGUUUGUUCAAGAGCUUUUCCCACUUACACGCAUUCUGCUUUUACUGGCUGAAUAAAACUUGACAUAAUCAUAAACUUUAAUAAACACAGUGUGCAUUUUGCUUGUACAGGCAUGCCUGCAGACAUCUAUUCAUGGUUGGAUGAGGUGAUCUUAGUGGCCUUUUCAAACCUGAAUGAUUCUGUGAUCUCUAGGAGCAGCAAAACCAGUGGAAAAAGGAUCAAAAAAGAAUCAGGGAAGGCACUCAGACCCAGCAGUGGUGGCUCCCACCCACACCAAAUCUAAGCCCAAGGCUCACCCCAUGCCAGACCCCUGCAGAAUCCCCCCCCCAUGUCCACACUGGUGAACAGGGACGAACUGAGGUAGACAACAGCAGGAGCUCUGAUUGCAAAUAAAAAAAAAAACCUUUAUUGCAUCUUAGAAGCAAGUCUUAAAAAAAAAAAAAAAAAAAAUUUCCAUGCAUUGAAUCCAUCCAAGUACCUACAUCCUUGGGACUGUCACCAAAAAACGAUGAACAUCUAAAAGACAUUGACUCUACACUAACUGCAGUUCAUA